ACCGCCUCCUCGCCGCUGAUUGGCCACCGGAACUGUAGCUCAGGAGAGGCACACAGGCGGCCAAUCACCGGCGAGAAGGUGGAGCUUGGAGAGGAGGAGCCGAGCGGCAGCGCGCGGAGAUCGAAGAAGAUCGAGGGAGCUGCAGGAACGAGUGAAGAGAGAGGCCAGAGAAGGAGGACAGCUGACAGGAGAGGGAGAGAGCGAGCCCAGGCUGGAGCAGGGGUCAGCAAGGUAAGUAUCAUUGGUGUCAGUGGAAGGGAUAGUGCCCCAUCAUUUGUGUCACUAAUACCAACGAUGGGGCACUAUUCCUCCCCCCACUGACACCAACGAUGGGGCACUAUUCCUCCCCCCCACUGACACCAACGAUGGGGCACUAUUCCUCC